CCAAAAAUCAUAAUCCAAAAUACUCAAAAUUUUGAUAAUUUCACUCUCAACAUUUGAAACAUAUAAUUUCGAUACAGAUAAUACCAAAAUGCCGAGAAAAGGCAUGAGAACUCUUAAUUGGUUUUCUCCUAAACAUCCUACAGUUGAUAUUACUUCUCCAUCUACUUCACAAUUCUCUUCUCCUUCGCGCUUCGCGUAUUCUCCUUCACGGCCAAGUUUUUCAGAAGCAGUGAUCGAUCGGACUAUUGAGAUGGCGGAGCCGAUGAUCACGAAAUGGGAUCCUGACACUACUACUUUUGCUAAGGUGACUUCUUUGUUCUAUGAGAACAGAAAAGAAGCCAAGAAUUUCAUCAAGGUGGUGAACAAUUUACACAAGGCGAUGCAUUUUCAUGCAACUGAGAAUUCGCAAUCUGAUAAGCUUAUUCGUGCUCAAGCUCUGAUGCAAAUUGCAAUGAAGAGACUUCAGAAGGAGUUUUAUCAGAUUCUAUCAAUAAAUAGAGCGCAUUUGGAUCCUGAAUCUAUAUCCAUUGUGUCUUCACGUACUUCAAUAAGUAUUCGAUCGAGCACUUCUGAGUUUGAUAUUGAGGAUAAUGAUGAUGAUCGUGUAGCAGUUGCCGGUGAAUCAAUUUCUGAAGUUGAAGAUUUUUCAAAUGUUGUAAUGAUAGAUUUGAGAUUGAUAGCUGAGUGCAUGAUCUCUACUGGCUAUACGUUAGAGUGCUUGAAGAUUUACAAAGUUAUGCGUAAAUCUAUCAUUGAUGAAGCUAUUUAUAGACUCGGUGUCGAGAAAUUGAUGAGUUCAUCGCAAGUUCAUAAAAUGCGUUGGGAAGUUAUGGAUAUGAAGAUCAAGGAUUGGCUUAACGCGGUCGAUGUAGCCAUGAAAACAUUGUUCAACGGAGAGAGGAUUCUCUCCGAUUACGUAUUCGCAUCCAAUGAUGCAAUCAGAGAGUCAUGUUUUACUGAAAUUUCAAAAGAUGGAGCCAUGACUCUCUUCAGUUUCCCAGAAAUUGUAGUGAAAAACAGUAAGAAGUCACCAGAAAAAGUGUUCCGUCUACUCGAUAUGUACACUUCCAUUGUCGAACACUGGGCUGGCAUUGAAGCUACAUUUUCCUUUGAUUCAGAAUCCGUUCUUCGAUCUCAAGCAUUGACAUCACUCGUCAAGCUCGGCGAGUCUAUAAGGACGGCAUUGUCUGAGUUCGAAAUUUCUCUACUGAAGGAAUCAUCAAAGACCAUAAUUGCUGGUGGGGGAAUCCAUCCUCUUGUCAUUGACGCAAUGAAUUACAUCAUUUUACUUGCCGAUUACAGCAACGUACUCUCAGAUAUCCUGGGAGAAUCUCUUCCUCCGGCUAAAGGUUCAUUGCCGGAAUCAUACUUUGGUAUUGCUGAUUCCGAUGAGUCUCCGGCACCGGCGAUCUCACUCCGAUUUGCAUGGUUGAUUCUAAUUCUUUUUUGUAAACUCGAUGCCAAAGCGAAGCACUACAAGGAAGUGUCCCUUGCGUACCUCUUCUUAGCUAACAAUCUCCAGUACAUCGUCGUAAAAGUCCGUUCAUCGAAUCUCAAGUAUUUGUUAGGUGAAAAUUGGAUAUCAAAACAAGAGGGAAAAAUCAAAAAGUUUGCGUUAAAUUAUGAGCGGUUAGGAUGGAGCCAUGUUAUUGAAUCCCUCCAGCAUGAUCCGAACGCCUCGAUGACUCCACAACAAGUGAAGGAGGUUUUCAAGAGAUUCAACUCGGCAUUCGAGCAAGCUUACCGGAAGCAAUCAGUAUGCGUCGUACCAAAUACUAAACUCCGUGAUGAUUUGAAAGUGUCCAUCGCGAGGAAAAUACUUCCUGUUUAUAGAGAGUUCUACAAUAAACAUAGAGAUGCAAUACUAAAAGAGAGACAUUCUAGUCACGUGGUUAGAUUUUCUCCGGAGGAUGUAGGACAUCACUUGUCCGAUUUGUUUUUUGGGCCGGUUGAAUCGGGAAGUUCAUCGACAGUUGAGUCAUCCCCAUCACUAUUGCGGUGAAAAAAAAUAUAUAGCAGUUGCUUAAUUCCUUUUUGUUAUCUGUUGUAAUUAUGUGUGAUACAUGAAAUAUGACUCAUGUUAAAAGGUGUAUAAAUUGUAGAGUUUUUGGUAUGUUUAAAAUGAGCAGAAAAGAAUAUUUCACAAAUUUUGGAAUUCAAAAUCCCAGAUAUUAUUGUAGAUGGAGAAAUACUAAUAAGUGAGUUUUGUAAUGUAUAUAGCUUC